UGACAGUUUCUAGACAGUUUCGCGAAACGAUGGCAGUUGACUUCGUAUUAAUUAGAGAGUUUUAAAGAUUGGUUUCUUUCCACCGAGAAAUAAAAGUAUUUCGGGUGAUUGUGAUAUGUCAGAGAAAAUGUCUGUCGCUGAGUUCUUAAAGGGUCUGCCUUCAUAUAAUGAAAAGAACUUUGCUAACUUUCAUACAGACAGUGGAAAUAGAACUUGUGUAAAAAAACCUUCAGUAUAUCUUCCCACAAAAGAUCAUCCUUCAGAGCAAAUUAUAGUCACAGAAAAAACAACCAUAUUGCUAAGGUACCUUCAUCAACACUGGGAUAAAAAUCAUGCCGAUAGAAAACGUGAUUUUUUAUCUGCUAAUGGUGACUCUGAAGAUGAUGCUGCUACAGUCCAUAGCAAAAGGUCACGUCUUGAUUUGAACAAUACCAUUUAAAAUGUACCUCACAAUUAUGAUUUCCAUUAUUUA